CAGAAUACAGAUAUGGGAUUGGUUCUCGUGGUUGACGGACAAUGGCCAGCCAAUCAGAUUAGGGUAUUCGUCUAACUCAUAGUAUAAGCGUACAGAUGGUACGGAAACUGCUGCUCUUUCGUGUGAUAUCACUGAGAACGUAGUGUAACGAAAACCGGUUAAGCCUUUUUAAACAUUUAGCUAGGAUUUCUUUAUUUAUUGCUACCAAUCCAGGUGGAUCACCAUGGCUUCGGGAGGGGAAUCCAAAAAUGAUGAUCUAGCAACUGCCAUUCUGAAACAGAAGAACAGACCCAACAGACUGGUGGUAGAUGAAUCCAUCAAUGAGGAUAACAGCGUUGUCUCUCUCUCUCAGACCAAGAUGGAUGAGCUGCAGCUCUUCCGUGGAGACACAGUGCUGAUGAAGGGUAAAAAGAGGCGGGAGACUGUGUGCAUCGUCCUGUCUGAUGACACCUGCUCUGAUGAAAAGGUUCGCAUGAACAGGGUGGUCCGCAACAAUCUGAGGGUCCGUCUCGGUGAUGUCAUCAGCAUUCAGCCAUGUCCUGAUGUGAAGUAUGGCAAGAGGAUCCAUGUUCUUCCAAUAGAUGACACAGUGGAAGGAAUCACUGGCAACCUGUUUGAGGUCUACCUGAAGCCCUACUUCCUCGAGGCUUACAGGCCAAUCCGCAAAGGUGACAUUUUUCUGGUCAGAGGAGGCAUGCGUGCUGUGGAGUUCAAGGUGGUCGAGACCGACCCUUCCCCUUACUGCAUUGUUGCUCCUGACACAGUCAUUCACUGUGAGGGUGAGCCAAUCAGGAGAGAGGAUGAGGAAGAGUCCUUGAAUGAGGUGGGUUACGAUGAUAUCGGAGGAGUAAGGAAGCAGUUGGCUCAGAUUAAGGAGAUGGUGGAGCUGCCUCUCAGACACCCUGCACUGUUUAAGGCCAUAGGAGUCAAGCCCCCACGUGGAAUCCUUCUCUAUGGACCCCCUGGAACUGGAAAAACUUUGAUUGCCAGAGCUGUGGCCAAUGAAACGGGAGCUUUCUUCUUCCUAAUUAAUGGCCCUGAAAUUAUGAGCAAGCUGGCAGGAGAGAGUGAGAGUAAUCUGAGAAAGGCCUUUGAGGAAGCUGAAAAAAAUGCUCCAGCCAUCAUCUUCAUCGAUGAACUUGAUGCAAUUGCUCCAAAGAGAGAGAAGACCCAUGGAGAGGUGGAGAGGCGCAUAGUCUCUCAGCUGCUGACACUCAUGGAUGGCCUGAAACAGAGAGCUCAUGUCAUCGUCAUGGCCGCCACCAAUAGACCCAACAGCAUUGAUCCAGCCCUCAGGAGAUUUGGCCGCUUUGAUAGGGAAGUUGAUAUCGGCAUCCCCGAUGCAACUGGCAGGCUGGAAAUCCUCCAGAUUCACACCAAGAACAUGAAACUGGCUGAAGAUGUUGAUCUGGAACAGGUAGCCAAUGAGACCCAUGGACACGUGGGGGCCGAUCUGGCUGCCCUCUGCUCUGAGGCUGCUCUCCAGGCCAUUAGGAAGAAGAUGGACCUGAUAGACCUGGAGGAUGAGACAAUUGAUGCUGAAGUCAUGAACUCUCUUGCCGUUACCAUGGAUGACUUCAAGUGGGCUCUGAGCCAGAGCAACCCAUCAGCUCUGAGGGAGACGGUUGUUGAGGUUCCCAACAUCACCUGGGAUGAUAUCGGAGGCCUGGAGGAUGUGAAGAGGGAAUUGCAGGAGUUGGUGCAGUACCCUGUGGAGCACCCAGACAAGUUCCUCAAGUUUGGCAUGACCCCAUCCAAGGGUGUGCUUUUCUACGGUCCCCCUGGUUGUGGUAAGACUCUGCUGGCCAAAGCCAUUGCCAAUGAGUGCCAGGCAAACUUCAUCUCCAUCAAAGGACCUGAGCUGCUCACCAUGUGGUUUGGAGAAUCUGAGGCCAACGUCAGAGAGAUCUUUGACAAGGCUCGGCAGGCUGCCCCAUGUGUUCUCUUCUUCGAUGAGCUGGACUCCAUAGCCAAAGCCCGUGGCGGUAACGUUGGGGAUGGCGGUGGCGCUGCUGAUCGUGUCAUCAACCAGAUCCUGACUGAGAUGGAUGGAAUGUCGAGCAAGAAGAAUGUUUUCAUCAUCGGAGCCACAAACAGACCAGAUAUCAUUGACCCUGCCAUCCUGAGACCUGGCCGUCUGGAUCAGCUCAUUUACAUCCCACUGCCUGACGAGAAGAGCAGGAUGAGCAUCCUGAAAGCCAAUCUCCGCAAGAGUCCCAUCAGCAAGGAUGUGGACUUGGAUUUCCUGGCUAAGAUGACCAAUGGCUUCUCUGGAGCUGAUCUCACAGAGAUCUGCCAGCGGGCGUGUAAACUGGCCAUCAGAGAAAGUAUUGAGAACGAGAUCCGCAGAGAGCGGGAGAGGCAGACCAAUCCUUCCGCCAUGGAGGUGGAGGAGGACGAUCCUGUGCCAGAGAUCAGGAAGGACCACUUUGAGGAGGCAAUGCGAUUUGCUCGUCGCUCCGUCAGUGACAAUGAUAUCCGCAAAUAUGAGAUGUUUGCUCAGACUCUGCAGCAAAGCCGUGGCUUUGGCAGCUUCAGGUUUCCCUCCAGUACUGCGGGUGGCAGCGGUCCAAGUCAUGGCUCAGGUGGAACCGGCGGUGGUCCAGUGUUCAACGAGGAUAAUGAUGAUGAUCUUUAUGGAUAAAAGUACUCUGCCCCACAGUGGUCAGUUCUGGGAUCACAUCUGUACAAAUACACACCAGAUUCCACAUUUUUAGGACUUUGUGCUUCUUUCAUGUGUUUUUCUUUUUUCUUUUUGUAUUUUUUUUCUUUUCUUUUUUUUUUUCCCUUGGAGAAAGCAUGUAGCCACCUGGUUUGCCCUGACUUAAAUGUGGGUGGGGUCAUGUGAUGGGAAUAGAAGGUGAGUGACGGAUGCAAAUAGUUCUUUCCCGUGAAGGGACGGGGGGGUGGCAUUUUUUUGAGUGGCCUCGUUCUCAGUAUAUCUCAAACAUGAAUGGCUAUAUCGACUGGUUUGUAUGCUAGACAGAAAAACAUUGCUGAAGAGUUCUUUUUUUUUUCUUUUUUAAGAUAAACAGUAGCAUAUAAUGUAAUACAAAUUUGUCAAGGUUAUGUUGUUCAAAAUAAAAUCUCACCAAAUGGAGUAAACA